AACAAAACAAAAUGUUUGCGUGAGUGUCAAAAGAACGAGAUUUUGCAUUAUUAUCGCUUAAAAUAAUAUCAACGCUAAUAACGAAAACAUCGAUAUGGAACUGCCGUUAGUGCUUGUUGAGAGCGAGCAUAGCUUUCGCCAGGGCGAAUGUUUUAGCUCAUACGAGCAGUUCAUUGCCAGACUGGAACGGCACAGUGCGAACGAUUUUGUACACUACUGGCGUCGAGACUCACGAACUAUUGAAGGAGCCGCCCUCAAGACAGCACGUCCGAUUGCCGCAGCCCUCCGGUACUAUUCUGUGCGGUAUUCGUGUAUCUUUGGGGGCCAGCGCUUUACUACUAAGUCAACCGGAACGAAGAGAGUGCGAUCCACGCUUCGGAAUGACUGUCCGGCAUAUAUUGCCCUGCGCGCGUCCAAGUGUGGCCAACAGUUGGUAGUGAUGGGCACAUCAAACGUACAUAACCACGAGGUCACUGAAGAGAUAAAUAAAAAUCUGGCUCACAAUAAAAAGCUUUCGGCGGGAAUGAAACACGAAGUAUUGGUGCUUCUUUUUCACAACAUUGAUAAGAAACUGAUCAGGGAGUAUGUACGCCUGAAAAACGGCAAGGAGCUUACUACCAAAGAUCUUUUUAAUUUAGCAGCCUCAUUGCGGAAAAACUCGUGCUUUGAGCGAAUGAUACUUGACACCAAAAGAAGUUUGGAAUUGGUUGCAGAGCUAAAGGAAUAUAUAAACAAAAACGGUUCAUACUUUCCGAGAGUUUCAUCAGUCGAGCUACAUAUGAAACUAGAAGUAGAAAAAUCCCCACAAUCUGAUGUGGCAUCUCAUUGCACAGAUACAACGGAGGAGCGUUUAUUGAAUGACAACUCAAGUGGCAUGAACGCAUACGUAAACAAUUCAAAAGACGAUCAAAUGGUUUCAGGCUCAAUUCAAAAUGAUUAUACAAAUCAUGACUAUGUUUUUGAAUUCCUGGAUGAUCCCGUAAUACCCAAAAGCGUUGCAAACAGGAAACGGGCAAGGUGGAAACCUGUGACUUGUUUUACCUGUGGUGCAAAUAAUCAAAUAGUGCGAGCACAACUAGAUGUGUUGCGGGCUCGAAGAGACAAACUGCGAGAAGAAACUCAGCUACUAAAGCUGAAAAAACAAAAACUUAAAAUGGAACUAAGGUUAAUGAAGCAAAACAUACAUGAUCUCAAAUAAUAGCCAUUU